AUGACGGUUCUCGAGCUCGCAGGAUCGCGAUUCGCUGGCUGGAUCUCCUGCUUUCUUUGUUCCGAGUCAGAGAAUGGAGGUCAGCAGCGGAAGCACGAGGCGAAGAGCGUCAAGCGGGAGCGAGAUAUGACAAUAAAUACUCAGCCGGAGCUCGUUUCUCCUAUGCGUUUGAAUGCAUUCGAUAAUGAGAAGGAUAUUGACACUGUGACUCCACUAUCACCACCACCCCUCCCGCGACCUCCAUGGAUACGCGACAGAACAAUGUCAAGAACAUCCUCCAUCCGCGCAAGUCUCUCCUUCAACCGGAGAUCCACCAUCGGACCCGGACCCAGACCCAGCGCAAUCCGCAUCAGCGCGCCCUCGGACUUUAGACAAGUCCAGUCAAUGACCAAUUUUCCUGCAUCUAAACCCCAACCUCAAGCACAAACCCAAAUACCAGAGAAAGGAAACCACUUCCUCGAACUAAGCAUCUACAACAAGCCCCACCACGCACUCCCAGACCUCCCCUCCUUCGAUAACUUCCAUAUCAAAGACCUGGAUUCGCCAAUUAAACGACCGCAGAGAGUCUUCUCUUCGCCGCCGGGCUUCUCACUACCACCUGUUAUCCCUCGUGCGCGGAACACGGAAGGAAGUAUAUCAGGGUCAGCGUCGUUCCAGCUUCCGCGGAAACCUGUUGGGACGGCGCCGGGGCCACGGCAUUCUUCUACCGCUUGGCCUAUUGCCAGACCAGAACGACAGCGCCAUUCAACGCCAACUAGUCCUCUGAUUCCGCAUUUCGCGAGAAUUCAGCGCACGAGUAUAGCGAGACCUGUGCCGCGUUCGUUGUCUAUGGCCAUGGGCUCUGCUGUGGAUAGGGAUUUUGAGUUUAUCCUGCAGGACGGGACGACUCAUGAUACAGACACUGAUGCCAAUGCAAACAUGACACCCCCAAUAUCGCCAUCUCCAACCCUAACCUCCCCUCAAUCCCAGUCCCAAUUCCAACACAAACCAUCCCCACUCCCACUCCCACCAUCGCAUUCAGAGACACACGCCCGCUCCUGGAGCGGCUCAACCCUUGCCUCCACAUAUACAACAUGUACAUACUCUCCCAAGGGAUUCGAUGUAUCCGUGAUCUCCAGACCCGGGUCGAAAACUGGGUUGGGGCAAGGAACGGUUGUGUAUCCGUAUCCGGCACCUACUAUUUAUGAGGGGGAGCAGGCUGUUGGGUACAUUUAA